AUGGAAAAACUUUUCAAGAGCCUCAAUGACAGUUUUGUGUCUGGAGGAUACUCUGGCAGAAACCACGAUAACCCAAAACGAGAGCUGCCAGAGGCACCAAAGAAGGGAAACACUGUCUACGUUAAUGGGAUUGGCAUAACAGAGGAGAUGAUCAGAAAAUCUUUUUCACACUAUGGAAAUAUUGUCAACAUCAACAUGGAGCUAGAGAAACACAAUGCUUUUGUGACUUUUGAUAAAAUGGAGGCAGCAGAACAAGCGAUUGCCAAUACUGCUGGCAGUAUGAUAAACAACAUACAACUGAGAGUCCAAAUGGCCAGAAGACAGCCUUCAAUAGAGUCUCUGGUUGAAGGUUCCUCGCAGUCAUCCUGGGGUAGCAUUGAUGCCAGUAGUUCACAAAAAGGUACCAACCACAAAGACACAAGGCAAAUGAUUAACUAUGAGAAUGAUAUGUUUUGAAUAAUUCCAAUCGUGCCCUGCUCAGUAUUCAUCAGCCUACAGACCUUUGAAUGAUGACAACUUUUUACUGAAAAAUUGAACCUGAAAGACAGUUUUCUCCCUUGAUGAAAACAAAUUGUAGUUAUUAUAAAUAAAC